AUGUUUGGCAUGCAUGUGGAUGUUAGAGAUGUAGAGAGUUCGAGCAAGCUCUAUAUUCCAAACUGUGUCCAUAGCAUGUGUCGAAGUUUUUAUCAAAGAGAUUGUUGGUGCUGUAAGAGAGAUCUAGGGAUUUGUUUUAAAACCAAACAACGAUGCGUUUCCAGUCCCCUAUGUCCUCCUCUAAACUUCAAAACAAACUAA